UUCUCAAAACUAAAAUUAGCCAAUCAACCCCGCAAUCUUCUGAUCAAAUACUACCCCCGAUUUCUGCCAAAAAAGCAAAAAAAAAAAAAAAGGGAUGAAGAAAUGAUACAAGCUUAAAGUGGUCGAAAUCUGCACGCUCUGAUCGAAAGAUGUCGUGGUACCAAUCGCGCCGGAAAGUCCAAAUCGAAGAUCCCAAGCCAGCUGACGACGGCGAGGAUGAAGAAACUAAUGACAAAAUUAGCUUAAAAAUCAAAAGCCUGGAUAAAAGCGUAAGCAGAAAUGUCGUGAAUCAGGAGCCUUUUAUGGGUGUUAAGGUCCGUAGAAAAGCCUCUUUCGUUAGGGAUUAUCGAGGUGAUUAUCUGGACGUUGCUUCCAUCCCGUUUCUCGAGAAGAUUCUCGAAAAACAAGGUGACAAAAAGAUAUUCUUUGCAGACAAAGUAUUAAAAUUUACCAGCACUGGGAAGAUGAAGAGACGCAUUCUUCUUGUCACUGAUUUUGCAGUAUACAUUGUUGACCCAGACAUGGGGACACUUAAGAGACGCGUCUCUCUAGCAGCUGUUGAGAAAGUUUCUUUAAGUGAAUUAAGUGACAAUUUCUGUGCCAUCAUUAUCCCAACUGAGUAUGAUAUUCUCUUGGCUAGUACUCGGAAGACUGAAAUUGUUAAUAUGUUAAUGGAAGCUACCAAGACUACAUCAAACUUUGAACUUGAGGUCUAUUUAUCAAACAGUUUUGAGUACAAUGCGGCCGCUGAUGUGGUGAAAGAAAUAUUAUUUGAGGAAGUUGAAGGUGGAGUUAAAACUAAAUUUCUUCGGAAAUGAGCUGCGGUUUGUUGAGGACUUUAUCAUGAAAUUGCGGUUUCGAUGACCUAUAUGUCUCGAGUAUAUUUGGGGGAAUAAUGAUUUCCAUAAUCUCAUUCUAUAGAAGUGAUAAAUAUAGUCUUCUCCCUAUCUGUGACGGGUGUUAUAGGUCAUUCUUCUUGCUGUAAUUGGUAUAUGUGUAUUUGUUUGAUUUACCCAUGGGUGUACAACUUCUGAUUAUGGAACCCGAGUGAGAGCGCAUUUCAGCUUCCAGCAAAUUUCCGGAAGCAGGUCAUCUGAAGUGUAACGUUGUAUCAAAACAAGGCAUGGUGUGUGUUGUAAACUGUUGUGAAAAUUAUCAUGUAAUAUGUUCAGCUUCCAGCAAAUUUCCGGAAGCAGGUCUCUGAAGUGUAACGUUAUAUCAAACAAGGCAUGGUUUGUGUUGUAAAAUAUUGUGAAAUUUAUCAUGUAAUUUGUGUGUAUUGAAUUUGAAGUAAUGUAUAAUGUAUGUAGAGUAA